AUGGGUAAUGUGAACGUGCGUCGUUCUGAAGAAGCAGAAACAACAGAAGAAGAAGAAGAAGCUUUUGCUGAUGAGAACGCCAUGCCUCACUCUCCUCCCGGCAUCUCUCCCUUUGUAUUCGCUCCCCAGCUUCCUGUGGUUCCGCUACCAAGACCUGAGGAGAUGCAUAUUCCCAGUUAUUCCUCGAUGGAGACAACUUCAGGGUAUGAAGAUAUGUUCAGUGAACUGGGAAUUCCUACUAUGAUUAUUUGGAGUUAUGGUGGAAAGGAAGUAGCUGUGGAGGGAUCGUGGGAUAAUUGGAGAAAAAGAAUGCUCCUGCAGAGAUCAGGGAAAGACUUUGCAAUAAUGAAGGUAUUGCCAUCUGGGGUUUACCAGUAUAGAUUUAUCGUGGAUGGACGGAAGAGAUAUACACCAGACUCGCCGUGGGCCCAAGAUGAUGCUGGGAAUGCUUACAACAUCUUGGACUUACAGGAUUAUAUUCCUGAAGACAUCGGAAGCAUUUCUAGUUUUGAUCCUCCUCAGUCACCAGAGUCAAGUUAUGAUAACUCACAGCUUAGUUCUGAAGAUUAUGCGAAGGAGCCACCAUUUGUUCCUCCACUUUUGCAAAUGACACUGCUAAAUGUGCCUGCAACAAAUAUGGAAAUCCAACCUCCUAUGUCAAGACCUCAACAUGCAGUGCUGAAUCAUCUUUACACGCAAAAAGGAAAGAGCAGUCCUACCGUUGUUGGUCUUGGUACAACUCAUCGAUUUUUAGCCAAAUACGUCACUGUGGUAUUGUACAAGUCGUUGUGA